AUGUUUCCUAACUUUAACAUCUUGUUUAUUUUUGCAUGCUUUGUUACUAUUUCUACAGAAUGUCUUUAGAUAGAUAGAGAUAAAUGUGCUGAUAUUAGUUUGUUUGUGCUUUCUUAGAAACAAUUACCAGCCAAUCAAAUUGUAUUUUUGCAUAAACUUGUACUUGGAGAUGUUUUUACUAUUUCUAAUUUUGUCAUAAUAUACUAGGUUGUUUUCACUAGGUUGUUGUUUUGCACUAGGUUGUUCACUAGGUUGUUCAGGUUUUCACAAAUAGUGAUAUUUUUCUUUUUUGUCACACACAUUGUUCACCUGUGCGAACACUGUAUAGCACAAACCUUUUUUUCUUAGAUUUCAACUUUUUUCAUAUACUAACACACAAGAUUGAGGAGCUAUGCACCACCCUGUUUAAUACAACCGUUUAAAAGCCGUUUAACUAACGUUAUUGUAUACUUACCUGCCUAGCACAUGUGAUACGUUCUUUUUACCGGUGUUAUAAUGAACAGUGGUUAGAUGUUUAUUAUAACUAGUGAUAACUAGAUAAUGUGUUUUGCCAUCUGUCAAAUAAACAUUUUUUAAUGAAUUGUUUUGUGGAAAUCUGUGUCUGGGUGAGUCAGCAGAUGAUGAUCUGCUGACAUCGUCUGUGAGUUAUCGCCAUCAUUUUAUUGUCCAUUGACUCCAUACUGUGGAAAAAACGCAGUCUGUCCCUUUAAGAGGGAGGAAAUGAAAAGGGGAAGUGGAGCAAAGGGCUUCACUUCCUCGUAGCCAUCAGAAUCAAAACAUUGUUGCUGCGUAAUACAAUGUGCGACUACGUAUUGCAUGGACACUUUCUGAUCUAAGCCUCGGCAUCCCUGUCGGGCACCUCGUCGGUUCGUUGUGCACCAUGCUCCAGCUGAACGACGCGGUGGAGCCGGAGAGUCCCGGCCCAGCCGCCGUUCUCCACCCUGCUGAAACUGAAGACGGGGUCGAGGUUGCAUUCACGCCGCCAGAGGCCGGACGAAGCCUGGGACACGCAGCCUCUGUGGCCUGCUGCCCCCCGUUACAGACGCUGACACCGUUUCAUGUGCAUAACCCGACGGUGCAGGCCAAAGUGAAGGACUACUUUGUGUUCAGGCCAGGUACCAUUGAGCAGGCUGUGAGUGACAUCAGGACUGUGGCACUGCCCUCAGAGGAUGGAGAAGUGCUCAGUGUCUGGCUCCUGGCAGAAGUCGACCACUGGAACAAUGAGAAGGAAAGACUUGUGCUCAUAACAGACUGGUCACUGCUGGUUUGCAAGUAUGACUUCAUCAACCUGGUGUGUCAGCAGGUCAUCAGGAUCUCUCUCAACGCUGUGGACACCAUCUCAGUGGGCGAGUUUGAGUUCCCACCAAAGUCUCUAAACAAAAGGGAGGGCUAUGGUAUUCGUGUUCAGUGGGACAAACGUCCUCGGGCCUCGUUCCUUAACCGCUGGAAUCCCUGGUCCACAGACAUGCCCUACGCCACCUUCACUGAACAUCCCAUGGCCUGUGCUGAUGAGAAAGUUGCUUCUCUGUGCCAGAUGGACAAUUUCCGCACUCAACUUGUCCAGGCAGUAAAGAAAGCUCACAAAGAGCAUCCAAUUCCUGGUCGUGCCAAUGGUGUCCUGAUCCUGGAGAGACCCCUCCUCAUUGAGACAUACCUGGGCAUCAUGUCCUUCAUCAAUAAUGAGGCCAAACUGGGCUACUCCAUGACCCGGGGCAAAAUUGGCUUCUGAAGUCGGGUUUUCCCAAGGAAAUGGCUCCACAAACAAACAGUUAGUGUGAACCCAACAUACAGUAUGUCCUCACUGUCUGCCUACUGUAAGCAAAGGAUGAAGGGAGCUGCGUGUUUGUCUUCGUCGCACUGGUUAAUUGUGUUGCUUACACAUCCAUUACACAUCUGUGUGGCUCAUAGGCACAGAGGGAGAGAGAAAGAGAAAAGGAGAGAGAGAGAGCCCAUGUGCUUGAAUCACAGCAGUUCUGUUAGAGUCACACUUUUAGUAGGCAGUAGGUUGGUCUAAGGGAUUAUGGUGUUCUGACUCACAUGGGCAAGGUGUUACUAAUGUGGUAUCAGUUUCAGGAGUUUACUGUGUUCUCCAAGGUUACGACUGCCAAACAUAAUCUUUGAUCAGAAUUUAGAGAUGCUCUUAACACUUGGAGCACUGCCUUAUCCAAUAGCGAAAAUUUCCGUUUAAAAUGUUUUUUGUGACAUACAGUCGAGGUCAGAAGUUUACAUACAGUACAUGUUCCUUUAUUAAAUCUCAUGCAAAGUUAAAGUUACACACUUGAAUCAUGAAUAAACUGGCAUCCACAAUGCCCUAGGAAUAAUGCUUUUGGGAAAUUAAAAGAAAAGGCUAAGCUUC